CGCUCUCCCUCCCUCGUUCCCUUCCAUUUCCCGCUUUGCUGAUAAAAUCUGGGCAAGCGACAGAUUUCGACAGAUCGACGUGCCUCUGCAUAGCCCAGUCUGCGCUCUGGCGGAGUGUAUGCAGGAGAGCAAAAGUGCCCUCCUUGCUGCUCGACCCUUUUUCUGUUGGAGAAGAUUAUUUUUGCAGUUUCCAGGGGUGCAUACCACAUCUGGAUGUUUGAUGUUUCGCAAAGUUAACAUCAGCAAUCAUAGACCAGCCAAAAGCAUCAGUCCAUCAAUCAGUUCCUGUGCAUCAGCCCUCUUCUGCGAACAUUCCCCCACCCGAGCUUCUUUCUGCGCCCAAGACAUUUCUUCCUCCCAUCGUCCACUGCUCAGCGCCCAUCGCCAUCCCGCCGCUCCCGCAACUCAAAAACCUGCAAUAGUCUUUGACAUCUUCCUCAACACCACACUCAGUACGACAGCAAAUGCCCCGCACUCAGCAGCCCUCAACAGGUUUAGGCAUCGAAGACGAGCUCUCCUUCGGGUCAGACGAGGACCUUAUUGCAGACGUUGGCGAGAUUGCGUUACCUGCUACCGCUCCUAAUCCUCCGUCAAAUGCAAAGGCAGACAAGGAUAGAAAGAGCAGGUUUAAGCUUUCCGGUAAAAAGAAGAGCGCGGAGGGCAGCGUCUUAGCAUCAGCGCAUCCACAGCACAGUACAAGGGAGAUGAGAGACACAAGUCAUAAGAAGGAGAAGAAGAGCAAGGAAGGGCGUAGCCUUGCUUCUGCGUCCAUUGUGCUGGACCCCCAAAUGGAAUCAGUCUUGGACCUUACUUCAGGCGGCGCAUACUACAAUGCAGGAAGUGCUAGUGGCGGGUCAACACCUAGUCUGCCGAGUCUUACGUCUGGAAGCACCACCUCAUCGAGAAAGAAAGGUGGAUUCAGAAACGCUCUGAAAGGCCUAGGCAUGAAGAAGGAGUCUGAACAGAGUUCCCUCUUCGCUACAAGGCAGAGAGAGAAGUUGGACAAGCUCAAACAGGUGCACAGUAUCGACAGCUUUUCCACCGGCGAAUACUCCAUGCAACCCUCUAUCGAUUUGUCACUAUCAACCUAUUCAUCGAGAAGGACAGACACUACAAUGUCUUCCGUAUACCACCACCUUACGCCGACGAAUGCACCUGGCACAAAGUCGAGGACAGAGAGGGAGGAAUCACUGCAUUCUAAACACGCUUCCGUCUCUUCUGUUACGCCAUCUCAGCCUCCAUCAUAUGCCAAUACCGACCGUCAACCUGCUGCUUCCAACCACAAAAUGAUCCUCGAAAAAUUCCCCGAAGCUCCGGCGACUAAGGAAACUAUCCCACUUAGCAGCCCAUCAACUCUGUCCUCCAGAGCUCCGUCCCCAUUUCUCAGCCCUGCACUCACUUCCAUUCUUUUACCUUCUUUCCCCACCACCGCUUCAUCACUGGAAAAUAUCCAAAUUCUCUCCGCUACUGUCAUCCGACGCACAGACAGUUCUUCUAUCGAGAAGGAAAGAAGUAGUUCACUCAGGAACCUUGCUGGCGGGCUUGGAAACGGCAGCUCGCCUUCUUCAAAAAGACCCGUGUGGAUCAGCCAGCAGAUGAUAUUAACCAGCUUCAAGAUUGGCGGAAACACCCCUGUCGGUUCACCCAAUCCUGAAGCGGCCCAUGUCAUCACUUCUGAGUCGGAAACGGAUGCCGCUAAAACGACUGCUCAUCUGCAUCUCUUUUCCAUCCCCACCACGACUCCUCGAUCAUCCCUCAAAUCGUCGACUUCUCCGAUAAAACCUUCCCCUCCUCAGCCUCAAGUAGAGUUGGAAAGAAUGAUGUUGAAAGCGGACAGUACAGCUGGUUUCUGGGAAGAAACUAAUGGGGAGAGGAAGUUUGUUAUGCGUAUUGGUUUUGGAUAUGGGAAAGGUGAAGAAAGGGAGGGUGAGGGCGUGGAAUGGAUUGUCGAGAUGAGGAAUGCGGAGCAACUGAGAGAGUGGAUACAGCAAAUCAAGUCUAUCGCUGUUGUUAUUCGUGCGGAGAAGGAAGGUCACGGCCACGCCAUUCGGGAAGCAUUUUCCACUGGUUCAGCCCGAGGUGACGACCUCGCACUCGCUCUCAACAUGCAGCGUCUCACCCCUUCCCACUCCAUCAAGAGCAGACCCACGUCCUACCAAAGCGGUAAUACCGGUACACCAGUCAGGAACUCGGUUUCUUCCCCUAUCGGCCGCCCUCCUCGAAAGGAGAGCUUGCCCGAGGCUCCUACACCGUCCCGUGCCCCUGCUAGCAUUGUCGAAGAGGACAAGCAGGAAGCUGCCAAGGAGGAAUCCCCCAUGCUUCUCCCUGAAGAGAUCCGUGGUCGACUUGAUCGUUUGGAUCUCGGGUUGUACACCCCUCCUACCCGUGGCUCCAACUUGCGACAAGCUUCGGAAACUUCCCUGUCACCCGCCAGACUCAACCAACCUAUCCCUGCCAAGCUUCCGCCACCAACAGUCGCGCCGCCUAGCAUUCCGAAGUUUGCUAUCCCUGCUCCGCAAGAGAAGGAAAAGAAAAUGUUGACGGAAGCUGAGAAGGUUAGACUUGAAGCUCAGGCGUCCACGCCCGUUCCUGUGGCUCCAGUGUCAGUUCUAGCUGGUUCUUCGACUACACUUCACGCGCCUGAACAGGCUGCGGAUGCGCAGAGCAUCCACUCAAUCCCGAGCGUUAGCUCCAAAACCAGUACCACAACGAGCAGACGGCGAGCCGCGAAGAAAAUGGCCCUUGACAUCAUGUCUGAAUUCAACGAGUCUGGCAUGGGUGACUUUGAAGUGGAGGAAGAAGUGCCUAUCAAUGAGGACCGCGCAAGAGCUGUUCGCUUUGCAUAAUCUGAUGCCUUUUCAAUGGCAAGACUUUCACGGAGAAACGUAGGUGUGUGAUAGGAGAAGAAUGGAACGAAGAAGAAAGAAGUUUUUGGGUUGUGGUACAUAAUGACCAAUUUAACGAAUGACGAAUAGUUUGCGGACUUGUAGCUGUAUAUACGCGAGGAGACUUUGGGGAUUAAUCUGGUUCGCAUAAUCAUGCUGCUAGGUAAUGACACUUCACAUAGAUUGUCGCGAUGCAUUGGCAUGAC